ACAUCCGGCUCCAUCCCACGCUUUUGCGUCCCAACUUCAAGCGAGCUGCGAGCUGCCCGCGGGCCGCCAGGGGGUGUGUAGCUCUCAGCCUUGGCCGCGAACCCGGCUCUCCUCCUCGCGAAGCUGGUCGGCCCCGAGUGGGCGGCGUCGGGGAACCUAGCUGCACCUUCCGUUGGCGUGGGCGGACGGCGCUCAGUCGACUCCGGUGCAUCCUGUAGCACUGAGCCCUACGGGGGACGGGCAUCACCUCGCCCUGGAGUCAGCCCGGGGCAAACUAGGGACUGGGCGCCCGGGUGGCGGACUUCGCAGGGCAGGACGCACAGCCUUUGCGUCCUCACUUUGCCGGAAACAGACAUGUCGGGGUCCACGUUCAUGCAGACCAGGACCGCUGCCUGCUCCUCCAACUGUGUCCCUCUGCUGGGGAAGUCACUUUGAUCCAUGUGGUCCAUCCUUGAGGUUCACUUCCCACAAGUCCCCUCAGCAUGUCAUCAGCAAAAUCCCAAGCCCCAGAGGAGACAGUGCCUGGCUGCGAAGAGGAGCUGAGAGAAAAGUCACUUCCCACUUGGGGCUCUCUUUUUGGUCACCGGAGUGAGAAGAUUGUCUUUACCAAAGGUGAUGGAAGUCCAGAGGAGAGCCUGCUCACUGUCACCAUCACGGAGACCACUGUCAUUGAGUCGGACUUGGGUGUGUGGAGCUCAAGGGCUCUCAUCUACCUCACGCUGUGGUUCUUCUUCAGCUUUUGUACGCUGUUCCUCAACAAGUACAUCCUGUCGCUGCUAGAAGGAGAGCCCAGCAUGCUAGGUGCUGUGCAGAUGCUGUCUACGACAUUAAUUGGAUGCGUUAAAAUAUUUGUUCCUUGCUGUUUGUAUCAACACAAAACUCGGCUCUCUUACCCACCCAAUUUCAUCAUGACCAUGCUCUUCGUGGGCCUCAUGAGGUUUGCCACGGUGGUUUUGGGGCUGGUCAGCCUGAAGAAUGUGGCAGUGUCCUUCGCUGAGACUGUGAAGAGCUCAGCUCCCAUUUUCACUGUGAUCAUGUCUCGAAUGAUUCUGGGGGAGUACACAGGGCUGUUGGUCAACCUGUCCCUUAUCCCAGUCAUGGGAGGACUGGCAUUGUGCACAGCUACUGAGAUAAGCUUCAACAUCCUGGGGUUUUCAGCUGCGUUAUCCACCAACAUUAUGGAUUGUUUGCAGAAUGUUUUUUCAAAAAAGCUUCUCAGUGGGGACAAAUACAGGUUCUCGGCCCCGGAGCUGCAGUUUUACACCAGUGCUGCUGCUGUGGCCUUGCUGAUCCCAGCGUGGGCCUUCUUCAUGGAUGUCCCUGUGAUUGGCAGGAGUGGGAAGAGCUUCAGCUACAGCCAGGACAUCGUGCUGCUGCUGCUGACAGACGGCGCCUUGUUUCACCUUCAGAGUGUCACCGCAUACGCCCUGAUGGGAAAGAUCUCCCCUGUGACUUUCAGUGUCGCCAGCACUGUGAAGCACGCCUUGUCUAUCUGGCUCAGCAUCAUCGUUUUUGGCAACAAAAUCACCAGCCUGUCUGCCAUUGGCACCGUCCUUGUCACAGUGGGCGUCUUGCUCUACAACAAGGCCAGGCAGUAUCAGCAGGAGACCAUGCAGAGUCUGGCCACAGCCAGUAGCCGGGGCUCAGAGGAUGACACAGAACCUCUGGUUCCCCAGGACUCAAGACAGCACCACUGAGUUCCUUUUGAUGCCGUGACCCCCGGAAACCAAGCCUAGACUGUCCUCCUGCACUGUAUGCUUUAAGAGAGAGACAGACUCUGCAGGCAGGUCUUUUGUUCCUCACUGGACACCAGAUGGGGAGUUUGGGGAUCAGCUUCUGCCUGACAGAGCCCUGCAGGAUGGAGCAAAUGGCCUACAGCUAACCGAGCACACUGUCCAGCCUGCAGUUGCGCCAGUGACUCGGUGGGGCCAACUGUGGAAUAAGCACAGGUUCCAGUACCAACAGGAGUUGCUGUCUGCUUGAUGCCGACCAGGAGACUUCAACUUUCCUAUGACCACCACCACCACCACAGACACCAAAGCCUCCUGGUUCCUGACAGACAAGAAACAGAAAUUCCAGAUGCCAGUGACUCUACCAAAGAGCCACAAAACCCUGGGGAUGCAGAAUGACUGACAACAGAGACGAGUGUCUUCUUCCAUGGAGGAGUAGAGCUUCUAUGAAGAGAAAGUCUCCCCUUUUUGGCCUGUGCUACACUGAGCUACCCCACUCCAGGUUUGCUGUCCUGUGUUUCUGCUACCCGUUUGGUGAUUUCUCCAACUCGGGCAAAUCUCUAAUCAGAACAGGUCCCCCUGGAGUUCUUCUCUGUCCUGGGUAUUGGUAUACUGAAUGUGAAGCAGGCAUAGUUGACCAUCCUGCCAGAUUCCCCUUCGGGAUGAUGACAGGGAAGUUUAGCAGAGCAUCUGUGUUUACAGGUUACGCUUCAUGUGCAGUGACUCAUUUUAGCAAAGCUCCUGGAGUGUCUGCAUGUAAGGUGAAUCCAAGUCUACACAUACAGCUGGCUCUUCCCAGGGAUCAUAUGUGACACUUCCUGAGCUACCAGGUGCCCAGAGUCUGUCCCUCCUCCCAGGGUCACUGGUGUCGGAGCUCAGGAUUCCUGAGCAGUGAAGGACCAUAGUGGGAGCUUGGGCAUGAGAUGAUGAGGUUUUACUUAUUCAUCAGUUUGUGGGUUCUGAUGUGGGGUGCAGUCCAUGGCCAGCCAGUCUUUAAGACUCUUCUCCAGUAACCCAAACUCCGAGACUCAUGAGUUUUAGCCACUGGCACUUUCGGUUCCAAGUCUCACUUUCCCUGCUGUCCAUCUUGAAGGCCCAUGCUGGUUCAUUGAUUUCCAAGUUGGCUCCUUGCCUGGAAAAUAUGAAAAUAGCCCCUCAAAGAGACAGAUUGAUUUGAAAAAGAGCAAUAAUUAUGUCUUAAGUUUUAUGUACUUGAAAAAGUUUGCUGUGAUGAUGGAUCAAAAUGAGGCCUUUUAAUCUAUAAUCCACCUUUUCAGAGAAGGGGCUUGUGUUCUGGACAUAGGCUAGGUGUGUCUUCCCUGUGCUGAGGUCACCUCCACUAGGAAGGGUUCUCUCAUUUGACUUUCACCAGGUUUCUACUUCCAGUGGAAGGCAGAUGAUGGAUAUUGGGUUAAUCUGUACAUUAGGCCUCUCUCCUCAAGAACCUGGCUGUGGAGCUGCUGACACACCAGGACACAUGUUUGGGCAGUGGUUGGAAGAUCCCUCUGGCCUUCUUACAGAUCAGAGCCCCAAAUGCCUGGUUUCUAAGUGGCACUUGGAAUUCCCAUGUGGAAUUAGGAAAUGGCCCAUCGUAACUUGUUCUGUCUGCUCCUCCACUUCACCAACCUUUCCGCCCGUUUUGAUUCUAAGUUUGUGGACUAGAAACAAAAAGAUUUUCUUAAAACAACUUCUUAAAAAGCUGCUUUUGAGACAGGAAGACCAUGGCAUCUGUGCUAGAGCCAGCAUCAAGGCCUGUCCUCAUCACAGGCUGGAAGACCAUGGAGUCUGUGCUAGAGGCAGCACCACGGCCUGUCAGGCUUUACAUUCCAUGCACAUCCUUGCCACACAGCCAUCUCUUCCAGCAUUUCCAGAACUCCUGGCCAUUUGUUAUAACCAUACCAUCACAAUAUUUUUUUAUUAACGUUGUCAGUACUUUUAUAUCAUACUGUGUUUUUCAAGAAUUGUUGCUGAUGUACAUGUAGAAAUAUCUUGGAUUAUUUUUUCCUAAGUCCAUGUCUUUGUCUGGUCUGUUGUAACAGAACACCGGAUGGACAUUCUGAGCCAGCCAUCUGCUUCCUCACUACACACAUGGUUAAGAGAUACACAGAUUUCUAAUUUCAGAAGGCUUCUGGGGCGGUAGAGAAGACUUGGUGGGGAAGAACACGUGGUGCUCUUGCUGAGGACCCAGCUCAGUUUCCAGAAGGCGUGUAGGGUGCCUCACAACUGCCUGUAACUCCAGCUCUAGGGAUUCUGAUUCCUCUAGCUUCUGUGGGCAUCUGCAUUCACAUACACAUACAUACAUACACGUAUGCACACACACAUGACCACAUGACUUUAAAAUGAGUACAUUAAAAAAGACUCCCAUGACUUUGGGGUGUAGCUUAGUGAUACAUUGGUGUCAUUUAUUUUGAGACCAGCACACAUGGGAUAGAGGGAGACGAGACCCCAAAACAUCCACCACAGUAGAUGGUUUUUGUCUAAAGUUGGGCAUGGUAGCACUUACCUGUAAUCAUAGUCCUGUGGAGGCAUUAGGCUAUAUAGUUAUUCCAAGACCAACUUGGGCUACAUACUAGGAUCCUGUUUCAAAAAAAAACUUAAUUUUUUUCUGAUCUUUGUAAUUUCUUUCAUACCAGCAUUAUAAUCUGUUUGCCUGGAAAGUCGAGAGUACUCUUGUGCAAUCCAAAAUAUGUUUCUAAUUUGACAAAAAUAAAAAUGAUGAAUCAGAGGAGAUGAAAGAGAAUAAACACGCACAAGGGAAUCAGUCAGCUAAACUGCUUGCUGCCUUUAGAUCACUACAAAAUACGUGGCUGUGACCCAGCUCCUCCGUGGUCACUUCACUUCUGUCCAAGUGAUGUCUCCUGCAAGCAUUUUAUUUCCUAACACUGGAAAAGAGUAAACAAAGAUGAUACUAACGGUGGAAAACCAUGCCUGUUCUCUUUCCCUUGAGUCCUUAAGUAAGCCAUACUGUCCUUGAGAUCUGCAGCCUUCUUCAGUCUUCCUCCUCCCUCUCUGUAGCUUUGGAGCCUGUCCUGGAACUCAGUCUCUAGACCAGGCUGGCCUCAAAUUUACAGAGAUCCGCCUGCCUCUGCCUCAGGAGUGCUGGGAUUAAAGCUGUGCACUGUUAGCACUGCCCGGCUCCUUCAGUCUUCUUCGUCCUGAGAUUACAAGCAGGUGUCACCAGCUGUUUUCAAUUCUCUUCUAUUUUUUUUCCCCUCAACAAAGAAAUAUAUGACCUACCUAUGGGGAGGCCUUUUCAUCUCUUCAUUUUCCUCUUUUCUCUCUCUCUCUCUCUCUCUUUUGUGCUAGUGCUAGAGCUUAGGGCUUCAGGAAUGCUAGGCUGUUGCUCUUCUCUGAGCUAUACCCCCCCCAACUGUUUUUUUAGUUUAUAAGUGUCUUGGCUCCCCCCAUGAACUAGAACAUUAACUUCAUGCUAAUGUGGACAGACAGUUCCAACCACAAUUCAGAGUGUAGUAGCUUUUAACUUUGGUGUU